CACUCGAGUAUCGUUACGUCUCUGUAAACACUUCGAAAAUGGAAUCUUCAAAGGAACAACAAAACACGCCGGAGAAAUCAACCUCCGAAGCUCCGGCCACCGUUUCCUCUGCCUUUCCUCCCUCCGGUUGCUGUACAAACUGCGGCGGACCAACGAUUUCCGAACCACCACCACUCGCUUCAUUCCCGGAGAUGUCACCACCACCAAACUAUCGCCCGAUCCGAGCUCCAGCAAUCAAUCUCCCACACAACUCUCAAGCGAUAAUCCUCUCUCCCGUUCCUCACGCCGAACAAGUCCCCGUCGUAUCUCCGCCGUAUCAAUUCCAAUCUCCCGUCAAAAGAAUCCACUCUCCCGACGAUAUCCGCCGAUUUCACGAAUCUGCAUCUUGUAAGAACUUCUUAGGAUUCAUAGUAUCUCUCUCAGAAUCGAUCCGUGGUUAUAAGAUCUCAGAUCCUUGUGAUAUCUCACCAACCGUCGCCGCCAUAGUUUCAAUCCUUGAAACCUUGUUACAAUGGAUCGAUGAGAUUCCUCCUGCUCAACAAUCGGCUCGAUAUGGUAACGUUUCGUUUAGGUCAUGGCAUGAACGGCUCGGCGAGAGAGGUGAAUCGCUUAUUCUUGAGUUUCUUCCUGAGGAAUUUAAAGAAUCUGUAAUUGAGAUUGUUCCUUACUUCUUCGAUAGCUUUGGGAACUCUAGUAGGAUUGAUUACGGAACCGGACACGAGACGAAUUUCGCGGCAUGGUUGUAUUGUUUAGCUAGGAUGGGGAUUGUGAAAGAAGAGGAUUAUCAUGGUUUGGUUGCUAGGGUUUUUGUUAAGUAUUUGGAAUUGAUGAGGAAACUGCAAAUGGUUUAUUGCUUAGAACCAGCUGGAUCUCAUGGAGUUUGGGGACUUGAUGAUUACCAUUUCUUGCCGUUUAUAUUUGGGAGUUCUCAGUUGAUUGAUCAUAAGUAUAUGAAACCGAAAUCGAUUCAUAACGAUGACAUUUUGGAGAAUUUCUCUAGUGAAUACAUGUACUUGUCUUGUAUUGCCUUUGUGAAGAAGGUGAAGAAAGGUUUGUUUGCUGAGCAUUCGCCGUUGUUGGAUGAUAUAAGUGGUGUACCGAACUGGAAGAAAGUGAAUAGCGGUUUGCUUAAGAUGUAUAGAGUCGAAGUGCUCGAGAAAGUUCCGAUUAUGCAGCAUUUCCUCUUUGGCUGGCUCAUCAAAUGAUUGCAUUACCAAAUUCAGAAUAGAUGAUACUUUUGUGGAACCCUGGUCUUCUGAGAGACUCGCUGGGUCUAGUGGGAAGUCAUAGCUUGUAUGAAUUUUGCUGAUUCUGUAAGGUAGAGAAAUUUUUUAGUUAGCAGAUUUGAAGUUACAUUAUCUGCUUAUGGAUUUUCUCAUUAGCGGUUUCACAUGUGUUGUGAUCAUUAAUUGGAUACUUAUAGAGAAUAAUUUGCUGAAAACUAAUGUGAGCGUAUUUGGUACCGCUGCACAAUAUUGUUUGCAUCACCAUUCUCUACCCAAAUUUGCUCCCCAUUUUUCAUUAGACAUGAACAAAACUGACAGCUUCUCAUUGGCUCCUAUAGCUAACAUCUCAUGUUGAGUUCUACACAGCUGAAUCGUUAGUAUUUCUUUAGCCGUUGAAAUGCAGAUGUUUUAAAACUUCGCUGUGGAAUCUAAU